UCAGCGCCCAAUCGCGGCGCGUAAACUGAAACGUCUCCGUUGUUGUCAGCAACCGGGUGACAAUUCACCGAGUUUGUAAUUGGGGUAGCUAAUUCAUCCUUUCUUCAUUCUUCUCAGACAUAAUACUAUACGGAAGCAAAUAACAACACACGCAAGUGUAUCAAAAGACGAUAACGUUUGCUAAGUAACAACUAUUUUACUGAGUUUCUUCAAAUACAAUCCAAGGAUGACUUCUGCACUGGAUGACCCGACCCUCGAGAGACACUUCAAGGGUCACAGAGACACCGUAACAAGUGUUGACUUCAACUGCAACAUGAAGCAAAUAGUCACGGGAUCUAUGGACUCCUGCCUGAUGGUCUGGAACAUGAAGCCACAGAUGAGAGCUUACAGAUUUGUUGGACAUAAAGAUGCUGUAAUGUCUGUUCAGUUUUCCCCCUCUGGUCACCUUGUGGCAUCAGCAUCUAGAGACAAAACCGUCCGUCUCUGGGUCCCCAGUGUGAAGGGUGAGUCGACAGUGUUCAAGGCUCACACAGGGACCGUCCGCAGUGUAAACUUCUCCAGUGACGGCCAGACUUUGGUCACAGCCUCAGACGACAAAACUCUCAAAGUCUGGACUGUCCACAGACAGAAGUUCCUUUUCUCCCUCAGCCAGCACAUCAACUGGGUGCGAUGCGCCAAAUUUUCUCCAGAUGGACGGUUAAUUGUGUCGGCCAGUGACGACAAAACCAUUAAGCUCUGGGACAAAAACAGCCGGGAGUGCAUCCACUCUUUCUAUGAGCAUGGAGGGUAUGUGAACCACGCAGACUUCCACCCAAGUGGGACCUGCAUCGCUGCAGCCAGCACGGACAACACAGUCAAAGUGUGGGACAUUCGGACCAACAGGCUCCUGCAGCACUAUCAAGUUCACAGCGCCGUGGUGAAUGGGCUAUCCUUCCAUCCGUCUGGCAACUACCUCAUCACCGCCUCCAAUGACUCCACACUGAAGAUACUGGACCUGGUGGAGGGGAAACUUCUGUACACCCUGCACGGACAUCAGGGUCCUGCUACCUGUGUGUCUUUCUCCAGGACGGGAGACUUCUUUGCCUCCGGGGGAUCUGACGAGCAGGUGAUGGUGUGGAAGACUAACUUCGACUCGGCCGACUACAGGGAGGUGCUCCAGCAGUGGGCCUCCGACGCGGGGGCGGGGGCGGCCAUUCCCGGAGACUCCCGCGGCACGCUCCGGAGCCAGCCUUCUGAGCCGGGUAGCGACCUGGUGUCUCACCAGAGCUCCGGGCCUGACCUGAGGAGUCGCAAUGGGGGCCACAGCGGAACCUCCAGAGGGCCCAGCGCUCGCUCCUCCUCCACCCAGCAGACGCAGCCCCUGGGUCAGCCCCAGCACCAACCCCAGCCCCAGGCUGAGGUCCAGUGGGCUCCCUCAGAUGGUGGGAUACCUCCUGCUUUGGCCAACACCCUGGAACAAAUAGUGGGUCAGCUGGAUGUUCUCACUCAGACUGUGGCCAUUCUGGAACAGAGGCUGACACUGACGGAGGACAAGCUGAAGGAGUGUAUUGACAACCAGCUGAGCAUCAGCCUGCAGCUCCAGCAGCAGCAGCCGCCGCCCCAGGCCUGAUCCCACCGCCCUGGGCCCAGUGGCCUCACCCUGCCUCUCCUCCCCUCGGUCUCCCCUCCAUCCCCCACCUGGACCGGCUCACAGGAGGAAAAGGAAGAUGCAGGGGACUCAGCCACCAGGCCCCCCUCACACGGCUUGGUUCGAAAGUGUGGGAAGUAAGGAUGAGAGGAAAGGAAAUGAGGAGGAAACGACAGGAAGAAGAAGCCACUGCAGACUAUUGGGAUGUGGGCCGUGCACCCGGUCAGCUCCCUCCCUCUUUUCUGUUCAUCAUCCCAAUGAACUGAACUGACCCUCAGCUGGAUCAACUUCUUCCUUUUCACUCACUCUCUCUGUCCAUUUAUUGCUGUCUUCCUCCCCCCCGUCUCUCUCUCUCUGUCUCUCUCUGUCUCUCUCUGUCUCUCUCUCCCCUUCACACUCCCUCUAAUUCUAUCUCUACCUCUUUCCUUUUUCUCCUUCACUCUUUGUCUCUUUAUUGCUUUCUCUCUCUCUCUCUCUCUCUCUCUCUCUCUCUCUCUCUCUCUCUCUCUCUCUCUCUCUCUCUCUCUCUCUCUCUCUCUCUCUCUCUCUCUCUCUCUCUCCCACAUUCAGACACAUUGCCACUCUGUCUGCCUCUCAGUAGCUUCCUCUUACUCCCGAUUCUGUCCCUGACGUCUGUCUCGCUCUCAAGUGGACUUCUGUGUCCGUCUGUCCGUCUGUCGUCAGCCGUCCUCUCAAUUCAUUCGACUCGUCCUAUUCAAUCUCCCGAUAUCCCACACCCUGUCAAAGCGGCUUGUUGGUCAGGGUCACCUGUACGUUGAGGUGCAGGACUGAGCACGUUUCCUGAUUACAUGGCGAGGCCUGAGAGCUACUGAGGCAUUGUGUAGGUUUGCAUGAAAAUAACCAAAGGGCAGGAAAUGCAGGCAAAGUUUAGACUCCAGAAUAAUGCUGAGAGCAGAUCGUUUUCUGCUGAGAAAGCCUGUCCCACCAGUUGCCUCCGGAGAGAAGAUGAUGUCGCCUGCUUGAAUGAGAAAAAAAAAAGUGUCAGAAACACCACUAAUGCCACACAAUGCAUCUGGCAUGUGUUUGUCUCUUAACACUUUGACUUUGGAAACAGCUUUAACGGUAGUUGUACUGCAAAAUUACUGUGCCUUAUAUUUCCAAGAGUCAGGCAUCACUUUUUAAAGAUUUUUUAUUUAUUUUUAAUCUGUUUUUGAUUUGUUUCUUAAUUGUUUUGGUUGUAAAUACUGUAAAUCCAUCCAUGCCUUGAUUUAACAUGUUCUUUGAAAUUUUCAGUUUCGUAUUUUUGAGACAUUUGACGUCCUUUUUGAAGCAACAGUAUGGAGUGCAAAUAAGGAUUUGCAAUAAAGUUCUUAACUAUAAUUUAUUUAAUAUGUUUUUUGAAGUAUGCUACUAUGCACCUCAUGUGAGCUGGGCUCUGCCUCAGUCAUUCAUCACUAAUACCAUUCAUUACUUAUGAGA